AUGCGCAAAGCAAUACCACCUGGCGAGCGUUUAGCGGUGACUCUUCGCUUCCUGGCUUCUGGUGAUAGCUACAAAAGUCUGUCUGUUGCUUUUCGCAUCGCGCCAAAUACGAUUUCCAUCUUCAUACCAGAAGUAUGUAACGCAAUUUACAAAGCGUUGAAAUCCGAAUAUUUAAAGUUUCCAACAAAUGAACAGCAAUGGAAGGACAUCGCAGCAAAAUUUAAUGAGAGGUGGAAUUUUCCAAACUGUAUAGGCUCAGUUCAUGGUAAGCAUGUUGUGAUGAAGGCUCCUCCGCGUUCAGGGAGUACCUUUUAUAAUUAUAAAGGUACUCACAGCAUCGUGCUAAUGGCGAUUGCGGACGCAGAAUACAAAUAG